AUGCAAGGCGAAAGCAAGGUCGACACUACUGUGCUGCCACUCCUCUUCUUGGGGUUGCUAGUCUUUCAACUAGAUCGUAUGAACCUCGCGAGUGCGCUCACCGACGGAUUCGCCCGAGAUAUCGGCGUCAAUCAGAAUACAAUCAACCUGGGAAAUCAACUCAUGUUCCUCGGCAUCGUGGUGCUAGAGAUACCAUCCAACAUCAUUCUCCAGCGUCUUGGCCCAAGGAAGUGGAUCUCGGCACAGGUAUUCAUCUUCGGUAUGGUUGCCACGUUGCAAGUCUUUGUAGUGAACAAAACUGGUUUCCUUGUGGCUCGCAUGUUCCUAGGCUUGUGUGAGGCCGGUUACAUACCUGGCGGUAUCUAUACGUUGUCGACAUGGUAUACCAAGCGAGAGCUUGCUAAGCGAGUAGCCGUGUUCUUCUUUGGCAUGUUUGGUGGCAACGCGAUCAGUCCUGUGCUCGCAAGUGGUAUCUUACAGUUGGGUGGCAAGAGGGGCAUGAAGGGCUGGCAGUGGCUGUUUCUGAUUGAGGGAGUGUUUACCAUGAUCGUCGCAAUCGCCCUUCUCUUCCUUCUGCCCGGUAGCCCCGAUGCUCCUCGACCCUUGCUUUCUCCCGGAUUGGUCCGAUUCAGCGAAGUCGACCGCGAUGCUUUGAGGCAGCAUCUUGAAACAGAUGAUGGGGAAAAAAAGCAUGGAGCGCAAGGUAUGCACAUUCCACUUUCGCUGGUCUGGCAAACGGCGAAGCACUACCGACGCUGGGCUUCCUUUGUAUCGACCUUCGCAGUCUUUUCCACCUGGUCAUCACUCACCACGUAUACACCGACCAUCAUCAUGGCUUUAGGAUUCCCCCGCAUACAAGCAAACGCCCUUGCCUCAGUUGGCGGCUUCCUGGCGCUCGGUGUCGUUUUCUUCUUCGGCUGGCUCUCCGACAAGACCAAUAAGCGUGGAAUCGCUGUGAUUAUAGCGCAGAUCUGCUAUCUAGUCGUCCUCAUUGUUACCCGCCAAGUGCAUUCUUCGGUUGGCAAGUGGUCCCGAUGGGGCUUGUGGACAACGACCAAUGCCUUUGCAAUCGGGUACCAUCCCGUGCAUAACUCGUGGGUUCAAUUGAACUGUAAGGAUCCUCGUGAGCGAAGUAUCAGUAUCGCAAUGUGGGUCAUGUCCGCCAUAUCGGGUCUCAUGGUUGGAACGCAGUACUAUCGUGCAGAUGAUCUGCCCUUCUACAACAAAGGACUGAGAACACAGAUCAUCAUGGUUACGAUCGGCAUGUUCUUCGCCAUCGUGCAGGAGUUGGUAUACAUCUUGUAUAACCGGAGAGUGUUGAGAAUAUGGAAAGCGGAGGGUGGCGAAAAACCCUGGUUGUACACGCCGUAG